AACGACCUUGAUCGCAACGUCGUCCGGUACUCACCCUCCCGCCACGAACUCUUAUGCUGCGUGGUUGCUUAGUUGUGAUUGAGGUGCGCCCUCAAUUUCUUCAUAAUCCCUCAAGUGUUUUUCAGGGCGCCCCUUGAGGAAUUUCCGCCUACCUUUCCAACCGAUGCGCUCAAACUAUCAGUUGAGAUGGUUUGUCGAGGAGCCAUUACAAUCCAGUGUUCCGUCUGUCUCUGUGCACCCCGAGGACUGGCUUGCAGAGGAUGGUAUUUAAGGGUGGCUCAACAUCGACAUCCUCAUCAACUCAUCGACAUACUUUCCUUCUUUCUAACACCUCUAGCGCAUCUUAAGCAUGUUAACCAACAAUCCUUACGCUCAGGGCGGCUGGCACAACCCACAAAACCCUCACUCGAUCAAUGACCAAGGAUGGAAUUCUAACGCCUCUCAUCCGCCUACAUUCGGAGCACUCCCUGCCUUCACUUCUUCCCCUCCAACAAAUUUGGUGUUCGAGUUCACCGACGUUUUGAACUGUGCUGUAAAGGGCCCGGGAGGGAAGCCCUAUUUGGUCAUUGCGACGAAUCAGACGUCCACUACGAUUACUAAACCAAAUGGCGAGCCCGUUGCGAGGGUUGGAUGGCAAACUCAUCCCUGGGUUGAGGUCGUUAAUAUCAUCAACCGGCAAACCACCUCCCUAUGGCUGCAACUUUCUUCUGACCUCAGCUACCGAACUAUGACUUUUGGUGGACGCCCAUACGCUUGGGUUCCCAAUGGCGGAUCGAUUGUGUUGUCCACUACAGGUCCCAGCCCUCCCGAGCAGCUGGUCAGAAUUAACCGAGCCAGUAACAAAGUUGUAAUGGAGAUCACGAGUCAAGCAAUCCAUGCAGGGCUUCUGGAAGUCUCUGUCGUUGCGACGGCCGCACCGCUGAACUUUACUUCGCCAACUUGAAGGUCCACAUCCCCCCUAUAGAUGAGAAACCCACUUGUAUUGCUAGAUAACCAUACUUUUGUAGCACCUAGCUUGAUACCUUACUCAUUUCGAAUGUCAUUGUGUUCAUUC